GGGAUUUGCAUAAACGUAUAUAAGUGUUUUGCAGUUCCUUUUAGCAAAAUAGUUGCCAGAGGUCUGUCUGUGGAUAAUAUUCUGCCAUGAAGUUCGUCGUGUUUCUUACCGUUUUGGUAGCAUGUGAAGCUACUUUCUUUGGAGGAAGUUCUGGAGGAGGAGGAGGUAUUGGAAAUUUGCUAGGCGGUCUCGGAGGUGGCGGAGGAGGAGGCGGCUUAGGAGGAUUAUUUAGCAAGUUUGGAGGAGGUUCGGGCGGCGGCGGUAGUAGUGGUGGCGGUUGGUCGUCUGGAGGAGGAGGAGGAGGAGGAGGAGGCCAUAGCAGUGGAGGAGGAGGCGGUUAUAGCAGUGGUGGAGGCGGAAGCUGGUCUUCAGGUGGAGGCGGAAGUAGUGGUGGAGGCUGGUCAUCUGGAGGAGGUCAUUCUUCCGGAGGCGGAGGAUACGGCGGAGGAAACGGUGGAGGAUACGGCGGAGGAGGUAGCAGUGGAGGCGAGACAACCAUUUACAUAAUUGAAAGUUCCGGAAGUGGAGGCGGCGGACAUGGUGGUGGAAGUGGAGGCUAUUCCGGAGGUGGUGGAAGUAGUGGCGGUGGAUGGUCUUCGGGAAGCUCUGGUGGAGGCAGCAGCGGAUAUUCUUCUGGUCCAGCACGUGGAGGUAAUAGUGGAUGGUCAUCAGGAAGUUCCGGAGGAUCAUACGGAGGCAGCAGUGGUGGAUCAUACGGAGGAAGCAGUGGCGGAUCAUACGGUGGCAGCAGUGGCGGUUCAAGCCAAGGUGGUGGAUGGUCUUCCGGAAGCUCUGGUGGAGGCAGCAGCGGAUAUUCUUCUGGUCCAGCACGUGGAGGUAAUAGUGGAUGGUCAUCAGGAAGUUCCGGCGGAUCAUACGGAGGCAGCAGUGGCGGAUCAUACGGUGGCAGCAGUGGCGGUGCAAGCCAAGGUGGUGGUUGGUCUUCCGGAAGCUCUGGUGGAGGCAGCAGUGGAUAUUCUUCUGGUCCAGCACGUGGAGGUAAUAGUGGAUGGUCAUCUGGAAGUUCUGGCGGAUCAUAUGGGGGCAGCAGUGGCGGAAGUGGAAGUAGCGGAUCUGAGGUCACUUACAUACUAGUACCAGUCAGUUCUGGCGGCUCUGGAUCACAAGGCAGUCAUGGAGGCAGUGGAAGCUCUGGCGGCGGUUGGUCGAGAUAGGACAGUCACUGUCAGUAAUUAAUGUCAUAAUGCACAUUAGUUGUUAAAUAAACUGAAUGUUUAAAAUUGUAUUUGUGACAUUGUUUGUACGUAUUAAUAAACAAUUGCUCAGAAAAA